AUGGGUCCAGAGCCUUCAAGAUCAAGGGCGGAAAGAAAGCUCUGGAUAUUGAGGAAGGUCGAUUGUAACAGAAAAUGGGAGUCAUCCACGGAGGAGGCUUCCGUAUCCGGGAGAGAUGCUUCGAAGGUCCAACAGUGGUCGACGAUGGUGAAGAAGAGAAUGUCACAAAAUGAAGGUAGUUCUGACCAAUGCAUUGGUGGAUAUAACGAGAAUCCCCCAUUUUUCCAGCGACAGAAAGGGUACAAAUUCAGUGGUGUGUUUGGUUUCAAACGUGAAAAUUUUGUGAGGCAACGGGCUUCCAAGAAUGAAGAAUGA